CUCUCUCUCUCUCUCUCUCUCUCUCUCUCCCCAAUGGAAACCAUUCUUUCUUCUCCCUCACUCUCUCCUCUCUUCAACCCAAAACCUUCUUCUUUGAAGACCCUUUUGCCCCCAUCCCUCCAACCCAAUUCCAAACCUCUCCUCAUCACUUCAAGCCUCAAAAAUCACUCAAUCCAAUCACCAAAAACAUCUCCACCAACACCCACAAAUUGGGUUUCUUUUGCUCAGCAAGGACUAGCUGCUCUUGCACUUUCAUUGGCACUAAACUUCUGCCCAAUAUUGCCUGAUGGUAAUGCACUAGCAUCUGAGUUUGAUGUGCUCAAUGAAGGACCCCCCAAAGAGUCCUACGUUGUUGAUGAUGCCGGCGUACUUAGCCGCGUGAUGAAAGCGGAUAUAAAGAAUUUGAUGCAGGAAUUGGAGUACAAAAAGAACUUCCGGAUCAAUUUCAUCACUGUUAGAAAGCUCACUAGCAAAGCUGAUGCUUUUGAGUAUGCUGACCAAGUUUUGGAAAAAUGGUACCCUUCUGUUGAAGAGGGCAACAAUAAGGGCAUUGUUGUGCUUGUCACCAGCCAAAAAGAAGGUGCGGUCACAGGUGGUCCUGCAUUUGUUCAAGCUGUUGGAGAAAGUAUCCUUGAUGCAACUGUAUCCGAAAACCUUCCCGUGUUGGCAACAGAAGAAAAGUACAAUGAAGCCAUUUUCAGCAGUGCCAAACGGCUAGUUGCUGCGAUUAACGGACUUCCAGAUCCUGGCGGACCCAAAGUUAAUGAAAACAAACGCGAAUCCAACUUCAAAACCAAGGAGGAGACAGACGAGAAACGCGGGCAGUUCUCUCUUGUAGUUGGAGGAUUGCUGGUGAUUGCCUUUGUUGUUCCUAUGGCACAGUACUAUGCUUAUGUCUCAAGGAAGUAGAAGUAAGAGUGGAACUUGUUCAUCAGUUAGAUUCGUCUUUCAUUAUUUCUCAUAAAUUUCGAAAACAUGCAUAACAUGCAGUUGUACAAAUCGAUCGAAUUCAAAUGGUUGAUGAGAGACUUGAAAUCAGAGAGGAACAUGGUUCUUGUUGACAUUUGUAAAAAUAUACAAUCGAAUUGAGUGAUUA